AUGCAAUAUUUCCGGCUAAGCUGUUACGGCCAGCUAGUAUUCGGAUCUUUCAAGCAGACUCCCGCAAGAGAGGGAGCACGGUGGCUGCGGAAGUGGCAUCAAUUAUGCCUCAAGCACAUUGAUGACUUAGCCCUGAUCUUGACGCUGGAAAACGGCAAGACUCUUGCUGAGGCUAGAGCGGAGGUAGUGUACGGGGCUUCAUUUCUCGAGUGGUUUGCCGGCGAGGCAGAGCGGACAUACGGCCAAGUUAUCCCCGCCGCCAAUACCGGACAACGCAUCCUGACCAUCCAGCAGCCCCUGGGUGUCGCUGCCCUGCUUACACCGUGGAACUUUCCCAUAGCCAUGAUUACUCGUAAAGCUUGGGCGGCUCUAGCUGCCGGAUAUACGACUGUCUGGAAACCUGCAGACGAGACACCACUGAGCUGUAUUGCCCAAGCCAUAUUGGCCCAGGAUGCUGGAUUUCCCCCGGGCUCCAUCAAUGUGGUCCUGACUUUGGACAAGGUUGCUGAGGUCGGGGAAGCAUUUUGCAAAAGCCAAAAGGUCCAGAAGAUCAGUUUCACAGGGAGCACCCGCGUUGGGAAGCUACUUGCUGAGCAAUGUGGCCAAACGCUAAAAAAGCUCUCUCCCGAACUUGGCGGCAAUAGCCCAUUCAUCGUAUUCGAUGACGCAGACCUUGAUCGCGCGGCAGAGAUUCUGAUGGUCGCAAAAUUUCGCGAUUCCGGACAGACCUGUGUGGCAGCCAACCGGGUAUUUGUUGAGAAGGGCAUCUAUGAUAAGUUCGCUCUGAAGAUGAAAGAGAGGAUGCAACAACUCAAAGUCGGCCCCGGCAUUCAAGCAGACGUCAAUGUUGGGCCAUUAACGCAUGAAGGUGGGCUUCGGAAGGCCUUGUCGCACAUAGAAGAUGCACAACGUCUCGGUGGCGAAGUUAUUCUAGGAGGUUCUUUGCUAUCUGAGCUGGGUGGUUAUUUUAUGCAACCUACAUUGAUCACCAACAUGAAGCAGGAUAUGAUCACGACUCGGGAGGAAGUGUUCGCUCCCGUGCUAGGACUGUAUCAGUUUGAGGACGAAAGAGAAGCGAUUACACUGGCGAACAACUCAAAUGUUGGCCUCGGAAGCUUUGUUAUGACCGAGAGUAUCUCUCGCAGUUGGCGUGUCGCAGAAGCGCUGAAUACCGGCAUGGUCGGUAUCAACGUUGGCAGCCUGAGUGCCUGCGAAAGUCCCUUUGGAGGUGUGAAAGAAAGCGGGUAUGGGCGAGAAGGUGGUGCGGUUGGGCUUAGCGAGUAUAUGGCGGUGAAGUCCAUUUUAGUCGGUAUCUCUUAG